AUGAAGAAAUUGAAGGAAAAACAAGCAUUGUUUCAGCAAGACGAUGGAGUUCCAGUUUAUCUAAAAGGAGGCACCAAAGAUAAGAUUCUCUACAGAGCUACCUUGGGUCUCCUAGGAAUAGGCCUGAUCAUGUGUCUUGAAUUCGUCGUACAAAAUAUAAAAAAAAUCUAA